AUGCUCUCCAAACGCGCCAUUCGCAUUGGAAACGUGUCCGGCGCAACGGGCGACAACCCGCACGCUAUGCGGCGGAUGGCGCAAGAUGGCAACGUCGAUGUGAUUGUUGGCGAUUGGCUUUCGGAAAUGAAUGUCGCCUGGAAUGCCAUUGCUAAAGACCAAGAUCCGUCGCUGGGCUACGAACCGGGCUUCCUAACGCAGCUGACUGAGUCGAUCGACAUAAUCGUGGAGAAAGGAAUCAAAGUCAUCACCAAUGCAGGAGCUCUGAAUGUACAGGCUCUGGCUGCCAAGGUACUGGAGAUAUGCCAUGCUGGGGGCCACAAAGAUGUGGUGAUUGCUAUGGUUCUGGGCGAUGAUAUUUCUCAGAUGGUGACGGAUCCCGCUAAGCGCGAGAACCUCCUGCAUCUCGAUCAUUCCGAGUGGGCGCUCAGAGAUUGGGAGCUUGAGCCGCAUUGUGGAGUGGCUUACAUGGGAGGUUGGGGUAUCGUGGAAGGACUCAAAACUGGAGCGGAUAUUAUUCUCUGUGGACGAGUCACAGACGCCUCUCCAGUCAUUGGGGCUGCAGCAUGGUGGUAUAAUUGGGCCAGGGAUGAUUGGGACCGACUUGCAGGUGCAUUAAUUGCCGGCCAUCUUAUCGAGUGCGGGCCCUAUGUGACAGGGGCCAACUUCUCCGGGUUCAAAGCCUUACUUCCUCAAUUGGUGGACCUCGCAUUUCCUAUUGCAGAGAUCAAUGAAGACGGACAGUGUAUAAUCACGAAGCCCGAGCCUCAUCCGGGGGCCGUGACGAAACACAAUACCAUCGCCCAAUUCCUGUACGAGCUUCAGGGCGAACAGUACCUGAACCCGGACGUUGUUGCCAACAUUCAUGGUGUGAGCAUUGAGCAGGUCGCCCUGAAUAGGGUGCAGGUUCAGGGAAUCACCGGAUCACCCCCACCGCCAACCACUAAGGCGAUAAUUGCUGCCAAGGGGGGAUAUCAGGCGGAGGCUACAUUUUACAUUAACGGACUAGAUGUUGCGGAGAAGGUAGAAAUGAUGCGCAACCAACUCCUGCAUAUCUUUCGAGACAACCACUUCAGCAAGUUCUCCAUCGAGUUGUAUGGGUCCGCUGCACCGGAUCCAACAAGCCAACAGGCCGGCACCGUCUUCCUGCGUGUCUUUGCGCAGGCCAAAAAAAGGGAGGAUAUCUCUGCCGAGAAAUUCAAGAUCCCAAUUUACGCCUUGAGAAUGCAGAGUUACCCGGGAUAUCACAUGAAUCUGGAUUUCCGAACUAUGGACCCGAAGCCAUUCAUGGAGAUCUUUCCUGUCGUCAUCCCGAUGGCGGCCCUGGACCAGCAAAUCCAAAUUCUAGGAGCCACCAUCACCAACAAGGUUAUUGACCCAUCCGUCGUCACGGCCGAGUACCCAAAAAUCCGGCAUUCCUACGAGACUGCAAAUGCGGUUGAUCUGGUCGAGUUUGGACCUACAAAACUGGCUCCUUUGGGCAGUAUCGUACACGCCCGAUCCGGCGACAAGGCAGACAACUCAAAUAUUGGCUUUUUUGUCCGAAAUAAGGACGAAUACCCCUGGCUUCAGUCAUUCUUGACAAUACCCCAGAUCAAGAGCCUGUUCGGAGAUGACUGGAUAAAAGGGGAAAACCAUGUCGAAAGAAGGGUGGAAAGAUGUGAGUUUGCAAAUAUACUGGCUGUCCAUUUCCGAGUGUUGGAUUUCUUGGAUGGAGGAAUUGCGAGUUCCAGCAGGAUUGACGGUCUGGGCAAGGGCAUUGGGGAGUACCUUAGAAGUAGAAUGGUUCCUAUUCCGGUUCGCUUUUUGGAUAGAGGAAGUAUUUAA